AUGCCGGUGGCAGAAACAUCUGCUGCAGGAUGCUCGAGGUCGAAUGGCCAAGCUUCGUAUUCGGCUUCUGAUGUCAAGGUGCAGGGCAGUCCCACAGUGGGAGGCGAAGGUGACAGCUCGCACAUGCAGGACACCGAAUACAACUUGAACGACCCGAAGGCUAUGAAGCAGUUUAUCCUCGAUUCAAAGACGGCCUUGGUGCGCGCGGAGUACUUGUGGUACCUCCUUCAGGAGGGGAGAGCGUUGCCGCGCCGGCAGGAAGUAGAGCUCGACAACUUCCCAGACCUCAGCGGCGACAGACAAACUGCGCUGGUUACCCCGGCAGAAAUCGAGCAAUGGCAGUCCGAGAAUGAUGCCUUCAUCAUGGCAGUGAGCCACUGCUGGGAGACGAAGCAGCAUCCUGACCCCACCAACUACCAAGUGCAACACAUAGCAAACUUCACGGGCCUGCACUACAGCAGAUACUGCAAGCCAAUUUGGCUCUUCUACGACUAUGUAAGCCUGUUCCAAUACAAGCGCGAAACUGCGGAACAGGACGAGUGCUUUGGCCGGGCACUGUCGAACAUCUUCCUGUUCUAUGCGCACGAGUGCACAUACACCUUGCGUAUAGAGUCCCUCACACCGAAAAGCACGCUGGUGCAGAACGCAGACAGCAGCAUUGUUGUUUAUGACAAGCCGAGUGACUCUGUCAAGCCUGUGCCGCUGCGCGAGCUGGAUGCAAAUCGAAAUUCGUACCUGGAGCGUGGAUGGUGCCGAUCGGAGCUCGAAUGGUCGAGCACCAAAACCCAAACCGACAGAAACCUGAGAAUCGAUGGUGGGCAGGACGGCAACAGGGCUGAAACUGCACCAAAACCCCCCACUCCCCCUAGCAUCUUUCGAAAGAGCCUCGAGCAGCUUCACUUCACGCAGAAGAAGGCAGACUUCGAAAAAGUAGCCCAGCUACAUGAGAACGUCUACAAGCAAAAGGUGCACAGCUGCAAGAUUUUGCGGCUGGAAAACCUUCGGUCGAAGGAGAUGGCAGCGUUUGCGAAGUGGCUCCAUAACUACAAAUGCCUAGAACAACUCGAUCUUGUCUACGCAGAGCUCAGCGAAGACGAGCUGGCCGAAGUGGCUCAGGCCACGGCGAACAACACUGGGGCAAAGCAAGUGAUGUUGAGACCCGCGAAUGCUGCAAGCGCUGUCACCUUUGCGAAGGCGUUCGCCAACGCGAAGGACAUGUCCGUGAUCCUCGAUCUACGCAGGGAUUUCUUUGAUGCUGACGGUUUUGAGAAGGACGUGCUUCACCACAUCGAGGCUCUCGCAGGAGCGCUGAAGGUCAACACGAGCAUCAAAGAAGUCGAUCUUGCGGGGAUGGAAUUGAACCCUCGUGACACGACGGCUCUUGCCGCAGCAUUGGCUUCAAACAAGCACAUCGCAACACUCAGCCUUGGAACACGGGACAACACUGGUGGAUUCGAAGAUGGAGCGAAGGCCUUGGCAGAUGCAUUGAAGGUGAACAAAACCCUCACCAAGCUGGAGCUGACUGGCGCCAAUGGUGACGACGUCGAGGCAAUCGCCGGAGCGCUCGCUGUGAACACAGGAAUCACACACUUGUCCCUGAGCAGUGGCAAGUACGGGAUCGGUGCUCGUGGAAUGGAGGCUCUGGUUGCGGCGUUGACAGUCAACACCUCUAUCAUUGAGCUGAAGUUAAAGAUUAAGCGCACGUGUCGAACCUUCAGACCUGCGUACAAAGAGGAGUACAUGGAACAAGCUCGGCGGGACCAAGAAGCAUGGCAGGGGGAGGAGCAGGCGAAGGAGCAAAUCGAGCGCCUGUUGGAACGGAACAGGCGGCAAUCUAAGGUGCCAUCCGAAGUCGAAGCACAGCCUCGAGCACGUGCAGUCGAAACGGAGAGACCUGAGCCAAUCCUGAAGGCUGAGAUCUUCAUCGGCCGCCAUCUUGACAAGGUCUUGGCCGAGGUGUUGAAGUUCAACACAUUCGUCAAAGCGAUCCGUCUACCAUGGCGUUAUUCCAAACAUUUCCGUGUGUUCGAUGGUUGGGAGGCCCUGACCCGCGUGCUGCGGGUCAACACUUCCAUCACUGAGCUCACCACCGACCGCGAAUCCUGGGAGGGUAUCGGUCCUCUUCGGUGUACGGACGUUCCGGUUGAAAAUAGGAUCCUCUUCUGCUGCCUGCAGCGAAAUCGGCUGGGCCAGGCCAGCCCGAACCUUCGGGCGUGUUUUGCUGCGGAAGACGGCGACGUUGAAGAGCUGCAAACCCUGCUGGAGGAGAGCACACCGGAGUUCCCUCAGAGAACGGGGACGGAGACAAAGCUGGACCGCACCGUGGCGAACGACUCUGGCAUGUCUCCGGUGCAUUUUGCCGCAAAGGGUGGCCGCAUGGACGUACUGAAGGUCGUACAAGAGGCUGCCUGCGACCUCGAGGUGUACACGAAAGAGGGCGACACGCCCCUGAGUCUGGCCGUGCAGGGAGGUCAGACUGCAGUCGCACAUUUCUUGCUGAGUGCCCGGGUGGACCCCAAUGCCGCCGUGGGCGAGAUGCGCGACAUGCGCGUCCUGGACCUGGCGGAGUGCAACUUCCAGGAGUACUUCAAGGAGGUGCGUUUCGACUCGAUGUACCCGGACAUCUUCAAGGCCAAUAUCCGCUAUGGUGCUCAAAGAGAUUGGCGAAGGAGGUUUCCUGCGUGCGCUCUGGAAAAUCGACGACAUGCCGCUCAGCUUUGUAGCCUUUUCAUGCGCAUAGCACAUCCGGAGCUUGCAAAAGAAAUGACAGAGGUAUUGAAGAAACUAGAAGGGAUGACCACUGACCAUGAAACGACAGAGCAACGGCAACAGCAAGUACAACAGCAACAGCAUGAUCUCCUCCUUUUGCUCCUCCUCAUCCUCGUCCUUUCCCCACUGCUGCUG